GUUUGGAACACUUGCGUUCACCCACCGUGAAUAAAAGCAACCCAAUGAAUUCAGCAAGCUUGCUAUAGAAGUUCACGUUUGCCACAUCUUCAGAGUAACCAGGGACAACUCUCCCACAAUAAAGAGAGCAGACACAAAGAAAAGAAAUUCGGCAGCAAGCCUUCGGUCUCCCACAACAAAGAAGGCAGAUUCAAAGAACAGAAAUCCAGCAGUAAGCCCCACACUGAGUACUGAGCAGUCACCAAGGAGAACAAGUGCUGGACUUCCUGGUGCAACAAAGGCAGCCCCACCCCAGCACAGCAGUGCAAGAGAACGUUUUUGUUAGAGAAACGAGGGAUUUCGUUCUUUCUUUCCCCCGCCCCGCCGGCUUUCGAUCACUUAAUGAACGGUAGGGUUAAGGGUAUAUCUUUUCAACCCGCGGAUCUUCCGUCUUGACGACGACAACCACAACGACAACACCACAACAAGGUACAUCAGCGACAGCACCCCCACACUACCGGUGUACCUUACUCCAUGGAGAGGAAGUGUUUGGUUUUCAAAGGGAAGUAAUUCUACUCUGAGCUAGCGGCAGAGCUGCGCAACUCAACUAUCUUGCUCAAAAUGGCGUCGUUCUGGACCGCUUCAGCAGCCCGAAGCAUCACAGCUGCAAAACAAGCCUCCAGCAGUGGACUCCUGUUUGCUGCUGCCACUGCUGGAUUUGCGGCAACUUCAGCCAGUCCUACCACCAGUAUAAGUAGUUUCAAUUCAAAUACUUCCUGUGAGAAAGAUGCAGCAAGAACCUACCACGAGAAAAGGCGCAAGGAAGCAAGAGCCAAGCUUCAAAAGCGGAUGACUUCUGUUGGUCACUUUUCUUUGGUGUCUCAGACGGAGAACAAUCCCAGUGUAUCAUCCUUUUUCAUGACUUUGGUAGGCGAAAAGCCAGGAUUUACCACUAAAGAUUUCCAAGAGCUUUGGAAAGAACGAGGAAUGAAAGAACGACAUCCCAGAUUUCAUUAUACGGUAUCAGAGGAUAAUCCCAACCAUUUUGAACCCGAGAAACAAGAUGAUCAUGUGAAGGAAACAUUCUUUCCGUAUGCGUAUCGAAAAGAUAUCCAAGGUCGCAUCGAAGCAUUGCAGACCCAACCAUUGAAUGUACACGACAAAACUUGGGACGUUCAAAUUGCAGCAUCGGGACCGUUAGGAGUCAGUGGUUCCACCAAUGCCAAUGUUUUGCGCGAUGACGAUUACGAUGAUGACUUGGUCGAAUCGAUUGUCUUUUUUCGAGGACAUCAUGCGCUGGGAGACGGUGUCUCCUUGUUUAGUGCCGUUCUCGAUCUGUGCGACGAAGCGGAAGAGUUUCGAGAAUUAAUCAAACGAGAGCUCAAGAAACGAUUUCGGAAAAGUGGCGACAAAUCCCUGCUGGAGCGACUAGCCAGCAAACUCCAAAAGUUUAUCUCGUUUUGGAUGGGUGUGCUGCAAGCGAUGCUCUACCAGGGACAGUUGUACCUGUGGACACUGGUCGAAUCGAAUCCGAUGAGACAAUUGCACAAAUGGGCGUUGCAAGAAACGGGCGGAGUCGACCCACCCAAACGAACCAUCUCCUACAGCAUGGCAGCACCGGUGGAACAGGUGAAAUGGGUGGCACAGACACUCUGCGGCAAAAAGGCUACGGUCAACGAUGUCUUUGUCAGUUGUGUCAGUGCCGCCAUUGCGCGACAACUCCAGGAACACCGAUUACGGGUGGGUGUCCUGAAUGAUGUGGCGGUCGAAACCAAUGCACGUCGCCGGCGACGCCGAUUGAGUCAAAUGGCGAGCAUGAACAUUGUCAUGCCAGUGCAUUUAUACGGUGGAAUUUUGCUCCCUGGGCAGUCUCUGGGCAACCGCAUUGGAGCCAUGGUGGCCAGAGUACCGGGAGAGAAGACUGUGGAUUGCGUGGAUCGGCUGGACAAAGUACACGGGACGCUACAUACUUUGAAACAGACACCGACGCCCUUGCUUUCCUAUUUGCUCGUCCGUGUGACAUCCUCACUAUCGGGAACUCUGCUGCCCAAUUUCUUGACUCAAUACUUGUUUUCCAAGGCAAAUGCGAAUGCGGUCGCCGUCGUCAGCAAUGUUCGUGGACCCCCCAAGCCUAUCCACGUCAAGGGUCGGCUGGUACAAUCCGUGCACGGAUUUGUGCCCUUGCCUCCUGGAGUUCCCAUAGGCGUGGUAGUUUCGAGUUAUGCUGGUGAUGUCAAGCUCUCAUUGUCGGCAGAACCGUGGGCCGUGCCAGAUGGUGAUAAAUUCUUGUUGUACGUUUUGGAGGAAUACCAAGCGUUGCUGGAACAAGCAAAGCAAAAAGCAGCUAGCACUUAGAACUUGAGCGUAGUGCAGGAUAUCAAAUUAGUAUAGAACUCCUGAGAGAAAGCUUAUUAGAAUUGGAAUUCACGUUU